UCUUUUUACAACCUCCGAGUUCGAGACAGUAAGACAGACAGCGAUGGUUUUGGAGCUUUCAUCUUUCUCUCUGCUUGACUAGAUUAGAAACAGAACACUGUGGAGUUCAAACAACUGAACCAGAUAGAUAGGGCGAAAAAUAAGAGCUUCCGAAGACCUCCUUCAAGUUGGUUUUAGUUUGGUGCUUCAAUGGUUGAAAGUGAGGUGAAAAGGCCAAUGCGGCCUGCAACACCCGAACCACACACUCCGAAGCACAUCUCUUCUUCCAGCUCUGCAAAUGCAAAACCUCCCACGAAGCAUGCCUCCUAUCUCACAUUCGGUCUCUUGUCUUCUCGUUCUCGUCGCCCCUCCCCUGCCAAGGUCCAGCCUCGACCGCAAGACCUUACAGACCAGCUCCGCAACUAUGUCCAAGAGUUGCUAGAGGAAGUGUCUCGCCUCAAGACGGAACUUCUCGCGCAAAAGCUUCUGAAGGAGUCUGCAGCCAUCGUUCCAGUUCUGGAGAGGGAGAUCUCCUCCAAAGAUGCAGAGCUUGAGCGGUCUACCAAGAGGAUCGAGAACUUGGAGUCUGACAACGAGAAGUUGAGACUGGAACUAGAAACCGUACAGGCAAAGGUGGAAGCAGAGCGGAAAGAAAGCGAGGAUAAGCUCAAGGAGAUGGAGCUGGAGAUCAGGGAACUGAAUAGAACCAUCCAGGAGCGGAACCGAGUUGCAGAAUCGAAGGGUUUAUGCAGCGAAACAGGGGAAGCCGACGACUUGUCGAUAUCUCAGAGAUUUCAGGGGUUAAUCGAUGCGUCUGCUAAGUCGAAUCUACUAAAGAACAUGAAGAAGGGGUCGAAAUGGACGGACAUUGCCUCGAACCAGGAGAUUCAGAAAAAUGAGGUUGCAGAUCCGAAGACGGAAGAUAUAGAGAAGGAACCGAUGCAGCAGUCUCGCUGCAUUACAGAGGAAGCCUCCUAUGUUCCUGAAUCUACCAUAUAUUUUAUGAAGCCUCGAGCUCCUAGGAUUCCAAAACCUCCACCAAGGCCUUCAAAGUCACCAUCAGUAUCCUCUUCGUCGUCAGAAUCAUUUUCAACGUCCUCCUCCUCCUCCUGCUCUUCAUCAGUAUCGUCAUCAGUGUCCUCCAUGAUAAACGCGAGCGAACCUUCAACGGAGAAGGUUGAUCCGCCAGUGGUUCCGCCACCACCGCCGUCGACGAAAGCGGCGCCACCGCCACCACCUCCGCCACCAUUGCGGUCUAAGGCUUCCAAACCUGCGGCGACGAAGGUGAGACGAAUGCCGGAGUUGGUGGAGUUUUAUAAUUCAAUGAUGCGCAGGGAUUCAAGGAGGGACUCAGGUGCCGGAGUCUCGGACGUUCCGGCCUCUGUGAGUGCUCGCAACAUGAUCGGCGAGAUAGAGAAUCGCUCAGCACACUUGCUCGCUAUAAAGACAGACGUCGAAACUCAAGGAGAUUUUAUUCAAUUUCUGAUAAAGGAAGUCCAGAAUGCUGCAUUUACAGACAUUGAAGAUGCAGUGGCCUUCGUUAAGUGGCUUGACGACGAGCUCUUUUAUCUGGUGGACGAAAGGGCUGUCCUUAAACACUUCGAUUGGCCAGAGCAGAAGGCUGAUGCAUUGCGAGAAGCUGCGUUCGGCUACUCUGAUCUCAAGAAGCUCGAGGCCGAAGCUUCAUCAUUCCGUGAUAACACUCGCCAACCAUGUGGUCCGGCACUUAAGAAGAUGCAGGCAUUGCUUGAGAAAUUAGAGCACGGCGUCUACAAUCUGUCUCGUAUGAGAGAACCAGCAACGAUUCGAUACAAAGGAUUCAAUAUCCCUACAGAAUGGAUGCUAGAAACUGGAUUUGUUAGCCAGAUCAAGUUGGCAUCUGUGAAGCUUGCAAUGAAGUACAUGAAAAGAGUCUCAGCAGAGCUUGAAGCAGCUGGGGGUGGCCCAGAAGAGGAGGAACUGAUGCGCCAAGGAGUAAAGUUUGCUUUUCGGGUUCAUCAGUUUGCUGGAGGUUUUGAUGUGGAUACGAUGUUGGCUUUCAAGGAACUGAAAGACAAAGCAGACAAAGCUAGAUCAUCCUAUCUACUACAAACCCAAAAGCCACAGGAACAGCAGUAGCUCGUUUUGCUAUAACAUCUUUUUGAGGAAUGGUGUACUUUGAAGGCCCGGAAUCAAGUCCCGACUUGACAGCGUUCUUAUUUCUUAGAAUUACACGCUUGGAUGUACGGAUCCCCCUCUCUUCCCACAAAGGAAAAAAAAAAGUUUGCUUCUUGCUAACCUGUAGCAAGAUCUUUGCUGUAAAGAUAGGAACAAUGAGUUGUGUAAAUGCUACCACUUCAAUCAUUUUCAUAAAAAUUUAUUGGCCACUC